AUUACCCUCCAAUGUUGGCACACACACCACAGCACAACUCUUUUGUGUGUCAUCAUCUCUUUGUUCGCUACAUCAUCUCACAACAUGGCAUUCCGACCACACUCAUCUCCGACCGAGACCCUAAGUUCACCAGUAAAUUCUGGAAAGAACUAGUGUCUCUGCUCGGGACCAAACUCGCAAUGUCAUCCGCCUACCAUCCGCAGAUAGAUGGACAGACCGAGCGCCUCAACCAAAUUGUGGAGCAACUCCUCCGCGCAGCCUGCAAGGACGACAUCUUCAAAUGGGACUUGCAUCUGCCCGUCCUGGAGUUUGCCUACAACAAUGCUACUCACGCUGCCACUGGAAAGACGUCGUUCUUCCUCUGUUACGGACGCCACCCACUCACACCUCAACAGCCAAACAUACUAGCCACAAUUCACAACGCUUUCCAUGUCCAAAUCUUGAAGCCCUACCAAGAUCCCAACAAGGUCUUCUCUGGACGCCAGCCGCCGCCGCCGCCCGUCCUCGUCCAUGAUGAACCCGAGUACGAGGUCGAGACCGUGCUUGCUCACUGCCGUCGAUGGAAUGGCACCGUGGAGCUUCUCAUCCGCCGGAAGGGUUAUGAUCCUUCAGAGGAUAGUUGGGUCUCUGAAUUCGAGAUGGAUCACGCUCGUCGUCCUCUUCGCGACUACCUUGUCAAGCAGGGUGUUAUGUCUACCACCCAGUUUUGAGGGGGGAAGUGUGAGAGUACGAC